AUGGACCAGCAUAAUACGCAGCCAGCUACGAGCGUUUGGAGUCUCGCCCAGAUGCUUUCCGACAUUGAUCUCACAAAAUACCACCAUACCCUCAUAGGGGAUCAAACACUUCACGUCACCGAGGAACAGUUGGGACAUCUUGGGUUCAAGUUGGGCCAUCAACGCCGGCUUCAACGACAAAUUGCAUCAUUCAAAGGCUACCCAUUGUUGAAGCCACUUCCUGCUACAGCGGCAACCAAUCUACCGCUUACCCUCCUACUCGAACUGGCGAGUCAGAGCGAAGAGCCCAAGCCUAUGAACGCAGACGCUGUUCAUUAUGAGACAAAUCAAUGCUGGCAUGUGACUGGCCAGUUUGUUAGCUGA